AGAAUUUCAAACCAGUAGAGGAGCCUCCUACUUGUUUAUAAAAAAGCUUACUUUAGUAUUGUAGACAGCAGUUUUAAGUAAGGAUGGAACCAAUAAGAAAUGAAGGAAUACCUUUAGGCUUGAUCAGUCCAUGGUACCUGCACUCAAACUCCACUAGCCACACCUCUGUAUUCAGUGCUAUAGCAGAACUGAUUGACAAUGCUUAUGACCCAGACGUCAGUGCAAAACAAUUCUGGAUUGAUAAAACAAAAAUCAAAGACCAGGACUGCCUCAUCUUUAUGGAUAAUGGAAAAGGAAUGAACUAUGAUAAGAUGCGCAAAAUGUUGAGUUUUGGCUUCUCAAUUAAGCAGACAGAAAGCCCAACAAAAAAUCAUGAGCCCGUGGGCCAAUAUGGUAAUGGUUUUAAGUCAGGUUCCAUGCGCUUGGGGAAGGAUGUCCUUGUGUUCUCAAAGAAAGAUGACAUCAUGUGUGUGGGUCUCCUGUCACAGACUUACCUCGAGGAGAAACAGUAUGUCAUGGUGCCUAUUGUGGAGUUGACCAACACCGGACAUAUUACUAAACCAGAGCAUAAAAAGAGUCUUCAUGCUAUCUUGACAAGUUCUUUGUGUAAAAAUAAGGAAGAACUCCUUGCUGAGUUUAGUGUGAUUGAGAGCUUGUGCACCAACUCAUGUGGAACUCGCAUCAUCAUCUGGAACCUACGCAGGACAUCUCCAGGAGAAUUAGAAUUUGAAGUUAUAAAGAACCGCUACGACAUCCGGGUCCCUGUUGAUGAUGAUGAAUAUGAUGAUGUUGACGAUGGCACCAGGAAGAAACUCAAGCGAAAUGCAAAGGGUAGCAUCUCAGUGCCUGAUAGUAAAUAUUCACUGCGGGCAUACUGCAGUAUCCUGUACCUAAAUCCAAGAAUGGAAAUUAUACUUCAAGGGCAGAAGGUUGAAACUCAGCCUGUCACAAAAACUUUAGCAGAUGUCUCUACGGACACAUACAAACCUGUGUGUGAUCCUCCCCUAGAAACAGAAUUAGCUGUCACAUUUGGCUUCAAUACAAAGAGCAAAGAGCACUAUGGAUUGAUGAUGUACCACAAAAAUCGCCUCAUCAAAGCCUAUGAGCGCGUUGCCUGUCAGCGCAAGGCCAAGGACAGCAAAGGAGUGGGAGUUAUUGGGGUGAUAGAGUGUAACCAUCUCAAACCAACUCACAACAAGCAGGACUUUGUUGAUUCUGUAGAGUACAGGAGAACCAUGGCGAGUUUAGGUAAAAAGCUUGAGGACUAUUGGAGGGCAUAUACUUAUGCAUAUGAGAGAAACUACAUUAAACCUUUCGAGGAGCCUAUGAUGAAGCAACCAAAGCGUGUUCAGUGUAAUGAUUGUCAGAAGAAGCGAAAACUUCCAGAUGGCAUUGAUCCUGAAAAGCUCCCUAAGGAAUGGUUCUGCUACAUGAACUCUGACCCUCAAUUCAGGAGUUGUGAGGUUGAAGAAGAACCCGAGGAUCCUGAUGAAGAACCCAGAAAUCAGAAAAAAAACAAACCACAAAACAGUAAGCAGCAAAAGAAGAUGCAGCAGAGGGGAAAAAAUAAGUCUCCAAUACAGUCGGUGAAAGUUCAAGUCCAUCCUCUCACCAAUUCAUCUAUUCAAAUAACACCCCCAACUCAGAACAUGUUUUUUCCUCUUGCUUCUAAAAGGAAUGAAAAAGACUUGUGCCUGGAUAAAGUGAACCCAGUAAAAAAGAAAGCUAGGACAGAAGAUUUUGUGCAAUGUGAAGUAGUAGACGAAGAAGAAGUAAACAAUCACUCAAUGUCUACACAGCACUCUCACUCAACAUAUCCCUCAGGAGGCACUCAGGAGCUAUUCAUUUCUGACACAGUUAAACACUGUGCUGACAAUGGGGCAUACAGGUUUCAGUGCUCUGAUGCUGGUCAGUUUCAGUGUAAAUUGACCAACCUUGUCUUUGAGAUAAAAGCGAGUGGGAAUGUGAUUUACAAAGUCCUGUCAUGGGAAAACAGUCAGUUGGAGCGUAUUGGCCAAUUCAAGCCUGCAGGACCCCUGUACGAAAUCACAUCUUUACAAUCUUCAAGUUUUGACCUACUCCUCCCUCACUGUGAGAUAAAUACUGAUACAUAUAAUAAUCCGAGUGGACUGGCUGUGGCAGAAUUCAGUGAGGGUAGUCUGCAGAUCCUUCAGCGCCCAAAAAUAACAAACACACAUGUGACCUUAGAUAUCCACGGUUCCUUCUUGUUUGGCCUAAUAAAAAAAUCAUCAGGGGGAAAGCACAUCAAUGCCCAAGUACUUCUCUUUUAUGAACAAAUUAUUGGAACACAAAUGGGGAAAAAACUGUACAUUCACUUGUUGCCAGGAAAUGUGUCAGUUAAAGAGGUGCAGAAACAACAUCCAGGCAACAAGUAUGUUAUGUGCAGCACAUGUCAACUGAUCCCUGGUAAAAAAUACAAACUGCUGUGUGAGCCCGGUGAAUCCCAGCCAAUGGUUGAGACAUUUAACUGUGACUAUGACACUAACUAUCACCCCACAUUUGAGAUGAUCCUUAAUACUGAGGACGAAGACUUCAACUUGAGUCUUUUGGAUGAAUUUAGCCAUACGGUGUGGGAGACUCUUCUAUUUUCUCCUACAGGGUACUGAAAUUGUACACUCAUACAGAGAGAAAAGGAAAUAACAGACACUCUACUCACCAAGAGAAACAUCCGGAUGAAAUGUACAGUAAUAUCAAUGCAAUCAGUGAUAUCAAUUAACACAACAUGGAAAUUAGGAAAUUAUGCAAAUUCCUCAACUAAAGUGAAAGAAAAAUAGAAGCAGAAUUCUAUAAAGUCCUUUAGAAGAAGCAGCAUUUAUUCAAGGAUGAACUUAAGGUUAGUUAUAUUAAUGCAUAGAUAAUCCUCAAAAGUAGACUUUUAGACUUUUUCAGUAAAGGUUAAUAGAUUUAAAAGCUUAUUUCAUAGAUGAUUAGAUAUAAGUAAGUAUUUAUACCAAUAUUUAGAUUUUUUUUUUAAUACAUAUAUGUAAUGCUAAGUUUGACAAUGCAUUUUAUUAGUUUUUAUCUACAGUAAACUAUAUCUAAGCAUGUUUAUAAACCAUUUAAAUAACUUUGUGCACUGUAAUUUAUACUUGUGGGGUGAAUUUAUGAAUUCCAAAGUAAUAUCUAUUGUAUCUGCUAUAUGUCUAAUUAUCAAUAGGACCUAAAUAAAAUAUA